AAUAAAAAAAAGAAAGCAGCUUCCAUCCCCACCCCAUAUCUCUUUCAACCGAUUGUCUUCUCUCUAUUCUCUUACUCUGUGUUUCUCUUUCAGUUUAAGUUAACUAAUCCAACCCAACCCAACCCACACACUCUUUCUUUCUUUCCUUAAUUCUUCACCGUACACAUUCUAAGCCACAUUUGAACCACGUCUUACUCUUCUCUUCUCUUAUCUAUAUAACAACAACAGACCCACCUUCUCCUCUCGCACUCCAUCAACAAACAACCACCAAAGUUCUCAACUUUCUAUCACUCUGCAUGUUGGGUUGAAUCUAUCAGAGAAGAAGAAGGUAGCAUCUAAUUGGGUUCAAUCCCGGGUUUGAAGCGUUGCAGACAUCACGGCUAUUCUCAGAGUUUCUCGACCUCUCAUUCAUGUCCGAACUGUACGACGUAAGGGUUGUGUAACUGAAAGCAACCCUUCGCCGCACGGUGGGCGUGGUGCUCUGCCUUCUGAAGGUGGUAGCCCCUCUGAUCUUCUCUUCCUCGCUGGUGGCGGUUCCUCAUAGCUUCACACUUCACCCUUACCCUUCUUCUUUUUCUUCUUCUCUUCUUCUUCUUCUUCUUCUUCUUCUUCUUCUUCUGCUGCUGCUGCUUCUACUACUCCUCCUCCUUGUUACUUCAUAAGCAUAAAGUUACUUUAACUUCAAAGUUAACAUAUUGUAAAGUUCAAGGUGUUCCUUCCUUAGUUUCCCCGAAAUGAUGCUGAGAAUCAAGAGGGUUCCGACCGUGGUGUCUAAUUAUCAGAAAGAGGACUCUGCUCGCCCUCUUGGGGGUUGUGGUAGAAAUUGCCUCAAAGCUUGUUGCAUUCAAGAUGCAAAGAUUCCUUUGUAUGCCUUUAAAAAGGUUACUGGGAAGAACUUGUCCCUCAAUGAAUGCGUGGACCCUCCUCUGGCUUUUCUGGACUCCCUUGUUCUUGGGGAGUGGGAAGAUCGCAUGCAGAGAGGACUUUUUCGCUAUGAUGUUACAGCCUGUGAAACCAAGGUGAUUCCUGGUGAGUAUGGUUUCAUUGCCCAGCUUAAUGAGGGUCGUCACCUCAAGAAGAGACCAACUGAGUUCCGAGUUGAUAAGGUCCUUCAGCCCUUUGAUGAAAAGAAAUUCAACUUUACCAAAGUUGGACAAGAAGAGGUCCUCUUUCAAUUCGAAGCUAGCGAUGAUGGAGAAGUCCAGUUCUUUCCAAAUGCUCCAGUGGAUCUUGACAAUUCUCCCAGUUUUGUUGCCAUCAAUGUCAGUCCUAUUGAGUAUGGGCAUGUUCUACUGAUACCGCACAUAUUUGAGUGUUUGCCCCAAAGGAUUGACCGUGAGAGCUUCUUGCUUGCACUUCACAUGGCAGUAGAAGCUGACAAUCCAUAUUUUCGAUUGGGUUACAACAGCUUGGGUGCUUUUGCAACUAUUAACCAUCUUCACUUCCAGGCUUAUUAUUUGGCCGUGCCCUUUCCCAUUGAGAAGGCUCCUACUAAGAAAAUUGCAAAUUUCAAUGGUGUGAAGAUAUCUGAACUGUUGAAGUAUCCAGUUAGAGGUCUUGUCUUUGAGGGCGGUGAUACACUGGAAGAUUUAUCAAAUGUUGUUUCUGAUGCUUGUAUCUGUCUCCAAAACAAUAACAUUCCUUUCAAUGUUCUUAUUGCUGACUGUGGAAAGCAAGUCUUUCUGUUACCACAGUGUUAUGCAGAGAAACAAGCUCUUGGAGAAGUGGAUGCUGAGCUUCUUGACACCCAAGUGAAUCCUGCAGUGUGGGAAAUUAGUGGGCACAUGGUUUUAAAGAGGAAGAAAGAUUAUGAUGAGGCAUCUGAAGCAAAUGCUUGGAGGCUUCUUGCUGAGGUAUCCCUCUCUGAAGAGAGGUUUCAAGAAGUCAAUGCUCUUAUUUUUGAAGCCAUGGGCUGUGAUGAAUUUGAUGUCAAUGUUCAACGCCUCCCAAAAGUUGAUGCUGUUAGCUCAAGCUCACACCCUACUGUGGUGGCUGGUUCACAAGAAUGUGUGGUUCUUCAGUAACAAGGCUCUUACGAACAAAAUCAGUGAAUCUACACUAUUUUAAAUAUGUCACUGUUUUAAGUUGUAGUAAUCUGUUGUGCUUGUGUCUCAAGGUCUUUUAUAUGGCUUUAUGACUCAUUGUUAUGCUUAGAGGCUUUGUGGUUUAAAUGGAAGUACGAUGUAAUAACUGCUCCCAUGAGCUUGAUGUAUAAUUUGUGUCAGUGAUGUGGUGUAUGGUGCUUGACUUGACUUGCAGUCGUGGCUUUCACGCCGCGAGAAAUAAUAAAUUCAUGUGUGUUUUAUUUUGUCCUUCGCUAGAUCCGAUUGCAACAUUCAGUUCUUAAGGAUGAAGUUUGUGCUUGCUGUAUUUCUGGCUUCACUUUGUAAUGAAUGAUGUGUUUUUAUAUUGAUUAAAUGUCUUGGUUUAUGAGUUUGAUGCGAAUGCUUAUUUUGUUAUUCAUAUUUUUCCAAUGCCUCUUGGCUGUGCUAUAUUUAUAAG